AUGUCUAAGACCACUAUAAAAAAAAAAGUCGAAAUUAAAGUUCACCUGAUGAAAUCCAAGUUCCUUAGACAAUGGCACCCCAAUCUCACUAACACAUCCACCGACCUUUUGAUCCGACCCGUAAAAAUUCGAAUACCGGUCAAUGCACCCGUCGAGCACCCGAACGAGCUCCGCGGCCAGCGCAUAGCUGACCGCGAAGCCCGCCCCUCCGUAGCCCAUAGUGUACGAGUGCACCACGUCUUGCUCCACGCUUUCCGAGACGCUCCCGAUAUAAUACAUCCUCUCGUGAUCGUAUUUUCCCAAAACGCUCGCCAAAUUCUCGGGGAAAAAAACCGUGUCGUCAUCGCCCAUCACGAACCACCUCACGUCCGCCUGCCCGAGCUCGAAGCUCUCCUUCACAAUUCGAGCCACUCGAACAGCUGA